GUUGGUAUUGGCAUGGGCAGUCACCUGACAAGUAUUUGUCAGCUGAUGCUCAAAAGCUGACUUAAUUUUUCUCUUUAACUGAGCACUUCUUUUCACAUUUGUCGUUACAAUGGCACAUUUACAUUCAGCAGCCAAAGGAAAGCUUUUAGCCGUCAUCGGUGAUGAGGAUACGUGUGUUGGGUUCCUCUUAGGAGGGGUUGGUGAAAUCAACAAGAACCGUCAGCCUAAUUUCUUGGUUGUGGACAGAAAUACCAGCGUAAGUGAAAUUGAGGAGUGCUUCAAACGUUUUGUCAAGAGGGAUGAUAUUGACAUCAUUCUCAUUAACCAAAAUGUUGCUGAGAUGGUAAGGCACUGCAUUGACAGCCACACUCAGCCCGUGCCUGCUGUUCUUGAGAUUCCUUCCAAGGAUCAUCCCUAUGAUGCAAGCAAGGACUCCAUCUUGCGCAGGGCCAAGGGUAUGUUCAACCCAGAUGAGGUUUGAAGACCGCACACACACUGCCAACAUUCCAUUUGAUCAGAGAAAGAAUUCUUCAAUGUGAGUUUUGCUUUUACAUGUGUAUUAUAUAUCCCUUCGUAGUUGCAUUUCUAUUUUCAAAAGUGUUUCAUAGUAUCAUCGGAAAUUUUAAUUUUAAGUGCAGAUUUGCUGUCAACACAUGAAUUCAUGAUAUAACGUUAAUACAUAAAGUUUAUCAUAUAACUGUUAUCUUCUGUGUGUAGUGAGUGCCAUGAGGUCCCAUAAUUAUUAAGUUACUAGUUUGGCUUUUUUUUUCUUCUGGAAAUUCUGAAGUGAUGAACUUUUUUUUUAUGGUGCAACCAAGAGGAUGUUUUCAUCAUCCGUUGUUAGUCUGUUUCUGUCCAGAUUUGUGUUGUAUGUAAAUACAUCAAAUUUUAUUGUUAUCAUUGUGGUAGAGAAAUUAAAGGAAUAAAAAAAUUUA